UCUCCCCUGCAUCCAGGAAACCAGCUGCUUCCUGUUCGUUUAAGUUAAAAUCACAAUAACUUUUUUCUACAAAGUAAUUUACUGCUAAACACAUCCUUUAAAACGUUCUCCCUGUUAAUUGCCAUUAUGUUACUUGUAAAGUUUAGAAAUUUCCAGCCUAGCUAGGGAAAGGAAAAAGUUUGACCUAUCAACAGUUGGUUAUGGAGUGCCCUCUUUCGGAGCUUUUUAUUCUUUGCUAUACAAAGGAAGCCUUGCUCCAGAGGCAAGUUGCUAGUCACUACGAUCGUUCAAGAAGUGGCCUUGUCUUGGAUGAAGGGUGCGGGAGCCUGUGGCAGUCUCCAGUUCUGGAACAAGUGGUGAAGGGUAGGAAGCCGGGCAGCAGGCUCCCCGUCCAUACUUGCUCUGCAAUUCUUUUCCUUGCCUCUUCCCUUACUUUUCUUUCUCCACCUCAACCCCUUCAGGGUAUGGUCUAGACUUAACGCAGGCUACUCAAUAUGAGGUUGUCUAACAAAUUGUUGAUGUAGAUUUUUAUAGGUACUGCAGUAAAUGAAGACUAUGACAGUAGAAUGACUAAAGAAAUUUGGCGAAAUGAACACUUAGCAUAGAAAGGUGGGGAACAAAACAUGACAGAAACCGAUGCCUUCUAUAAAAGAGAAAUGUUUGAUCCAGCAGAAGAGUACAAAAUGGACCACAAGAGAAGAGGAAUUGCUUUAAUCUUCAAUCAUGAGAGGUUCUUUUGGCACUUAACACUGCCAGAAAGGCGGGGCACCAGUGCAGACAGAGACAAUCUUAUCCGCAGGUUUUCAGAUCUAGGAUUUGAGGUGAAAUGCUUUAACGAUCUUAAAGCAGAGGAACUACUGCGCCAAAUUCAUGAGGUGUCAACUUCUAGCCACAGAGAUGCCGAUUGCUUUUUAUGUGUCUUCUUGAGCCAUGGAGAAGGGAAUCACAUAUAUGCAUAUGAUGCCAAAAUUGAAAUUCAGACACUAACUGGUUUGUUCAAAGGAGACAAGUGUCAGAGCCUGGUUGGAAAACCCAAGAUAUUUAUCAUUCAGGCAUGUCGGGGAGACCAGCACGACGUACCCGUCAUUCCUUUGGAUGUAGUGGAUCAUCAGACAGACAAGCUGAACACCAAUGUAACUGAGGUGGACGCAGCCUCAGUUUACACAUUGCCUGCUGGAGCAGACUUCCUCAUGUGUUACUCUGUUGCUGAAGGUUAUUAUUCUCACCGGGAAACUGUGAAUGGUUCAUGGUACAUUCAAGACUUAUGUGAGAUGUUGGGGAAAUAUGGCUCCUCCUUAGAGUUUACAGAACUCCUCACUCUGGUGAACAGGAAAGUUUCUCAGCGCCGAGUGGACUUUUGCAAAGAUCCAAGUGCAAUUGGAAAGAAGCAGGUUCCUUGCUUUGCCUCAAUGCUAACUAAAAAGCUACAUUUCUUUCCAAAAUCUAAGUAAUAGGGUGUAUUUUUAUCUUAUGAUCUGUAUUCAAAAUAUCUUUUUUUUAUAUACAUAAGGAUCACUACAUUGAAGCAUAUGGUCCUGAAAUUUUUGGUUUGGUUUUUUUUUCAUUUAAAUAGUUCAUGUUGGACAUGGUGAAAGGAUUUGCUUUGAUAUAUAGAAACAAAAUCCUUGGGGAAUUAUUAAUACUAUAAAUUAAAAUCUAUGAGAUUUUUAUAAUUUUUUUUCUUAGUAAACUGCAAAGCUACACAAAAUGCCCAAUUUAACUUUUUUUUUUUUUUUUGAGAGUCUUAUUGC